UACAGCUUGGCUCCAUGGCUCUCCACCACCACCAAUCACAUUCUCAUCUCUUUCACACACUUUUCAUCUCCUUUAUAAUCUUCUCUCCAAUCGAAACCCUAGCUACCUACUUAACUAACUUCUUUUUUUCACUGCUGCCUCAAAAGAAGCUAAAAUGCGGAGAAAGAGACUACCCAUUUUGAAGAAGGUCUCUAAUCUUCUGAAAAUCUCCAUUUCCGUUGCUAAAAUGCGGAAACCCAUUAUUGCAAAGCUCCUUUCUCUCAAGAAAACGAGAAAGCUUAGGAGGUUUAAGCUUCUUAGACAUUACAACUAUCGGUUUCUUGAAGAGUACGAGUUCUCAUCGGCUGCAAGCACACCUCUUAUUCAUUACAAGAGGAAACAGUUACUGAAUUACUCAAGCGGCGGCGGAGGCGGCCUCGGAGAUGUGUUCUCCAUGCUCUCUCUGUGUAGAUGUUUUGGAAUUGGAGGGUUGAGAGGUGAAGCUGUUGAAACUCUGCCUGCAAUUACGAGGGAUCAAUUUGUGGAGCCAGCGAUGGAGCUGGAUGAUAAUGAAGAAGAAGCAGAAGAAGACUCAGUCGAUCUGAGAGCCGAGCAGUUUAUUCAAUGGUUCCAUCAAGAAAUGAGAAUGCAGAGACAAGAUUCAGCUUAAUUGAGAUUAUCAAUGGUAUUCAUUAUUUGGUUCUCCAUGUCCACAGGAUUUUAAGAGAUGGUGGAGAAGUUAUAAAUUUUUGGCAUUUUCUUUUGCUGAUUUUCAGUGUUGGUUGCUUGAUUUGGUGUUAUUUCAAUGAAACAUUAAAUUAUAUUUCCAUGGUUA